GAGGACAAAGGCACAAAUCGGGAGGGGGAUAUCUUUUGCGCUCGGCGAAGAGUACGUUUUAGCAGGUAGCCAAACAGGAGCCUUAUCUGCAGCGGCAGCUUCGUUUCUAAUAUCGGGGCUUUUUUCUGGUUUUCGGGGUGUAGGCGUGUGAGAAAGGGAGGGAAAAGGGUGGAGAGGGGAGGAUGGGGAAGAAGAAAGAGCUGCUAUCGAAGGCGCCAUGGCGAGGGGAAGACGACCAGGAAGCCGACAAGUUCAAAGACGCGAAGCUCAAAGUGACGAACCAACCAGGGGCCACUCCUACCAUGCACGUGCCUCGCAGACGCUCCACUCAUGCUAGUUCAGACCUUGAUGACGAUUCCCUCGAGAUCGACCCCGAGCUCCGAUACAGCUUCCAGCGCAACUUUCAGUUUCUUCAACGAGUGUUUAGCAUAGACACCUUGGUGAAGCCUCUUCCACCUGCCAUGGCAUAUAAUGUCUCCCGCAACUUGAGCUUCUUCACACGCAUUUUCACCCAAUUCUUUGAUCCUGAAGGUAUUGCAAAUGCACAAAAAUCUCUCGGACUGGGACAGGAAGAGAAAGCUCGUCGUGUUCGAUGAGGCAAAAGAGUUUAGUAAUGCAGGCAUUUCAUCGGUCUGUGUUUGAACUAUUUUCUUCACUUGGAUUCAUACAGGAAGGAACCAAACUUGCCCUCUUCCUUGAUCGGGAGGAGACAAAGACGAAAUCAAGUUCUUUUCAGAAAAAAAAAAAACGAAAUCAGAGUAGCAGAGGCUUUUUGAUCAAGGUGUAUCUAGCUUUUAUUUGUGUAUUGAUACUGUCAAAUACUGUUUUCCCUUAAGACAUUUAUUUUAAUUUCAAUGAGGUCUGUUCUUUUUGUAUAAUGGUCUGAAGAUUUUAAUUUCAACUUGCAAUGGCUUUCUAAUGGAAUAGCUCUUGGAUUUCCAAUGAAAA